GCUCCGCUAUCUUUAGCACCGCCACGGAUUACAGUGCGCAGUGUGUGGAGGGACUGCGCUCCGGUGCAACCUGCUCGGCUUAUCGCUGCGUGUGUGUUUGUGUGUUUGUCGCGCUGAAGCUCUCUCGCAUAAAACAAAACAAGACAAAACAAAAACAUUAAAACAAAAGCGAUGGGGGAAUGACAACAACCUCCGUCUCCGGUUCUCCGUCCCCGAGAAGACCCCUUAAAGGAUGCUGCUGCUGCUGCUCUCCAGCCCGCGGAGCGGACGCCAGCGCCGGGCCUCGUUGCUGCUGCUGUUCGCCGCGGUCCUGCUCUGUGUCACCUCUGUCUGUGCUGGCCUCCCAGCUGGCAGUAAAUGCCCUCGCCAUAUAGACUGUGCCAAAGAGGGACGCCACUAUUGCAAGCCGGGCUCGUCCCACUGUGGGCCCUGCAUCUCCCCGCUGCAGGAGGAUGAGGAAGGACGCUGCGUGGAGAGGAGGAAGCACCGUCAGCGUGUGUCAUACUACCCUGACCUUGACGAAGAGAUCGAUUUCCUUGAGUCUGUCAUUGCAAAACAGGAAAUGACAGAGAUCAAGCAACCAAACAAACAAUCUAAACACCCUGCUGCCAUCACCUCCCAGACAGAUGUUAAAAAAAGCAAGACAGAUGCCUCCAAACACAAACAGAAGAGUCAGGCUCGUCCCUCAUCUGAGACCCUGCAUGCCUUCACCACAGCCCCCGGCCCCACAGUGUCCGCCCCCCCUGCCACUCCGACCCCGCAUCCCAGGGCCACUGGUGUUGAAGGCCGAGCUGAUCCUAUAGUGGUCCCAGCCAAGAAAGACAAAUUUAUUAUCAUAAUGAUCUCGCUGUGUGUGGCGUUGGGCACUGUGGCAGUGAUCCUUGCAACUGCCUGCUUCAUCAAGAUGCAGAAAGACUCGCAUCUGGCUAAGAAGGUUGACUACCCUGCUUUCGGAGGAGCAAGUGCACCUGCUGCCCCGGCCACCGGUACCUCGAUGGGAGAUAAGACUCUGGCCCAAAGUGCUCAAAUGUAUCACUAUCAGCAUCAGAAACAGCAGAUGCUCUCAAUGGGAAAUCACAAACCUGAACAGAAAGUCCUUGACACUGAGGUCACAUCAGAUGAGGAAGAAGUAGGAGGAGACUUCACAGUGUAUGAGUGCCCUGGACUUGCACCGACUGGAGAGAUGGAAGUGAAGAACCCUCUAUUUGAUGACUCGACUUUACAUUUUCAGGGCAAUCACCAGUGAAUGCUGAACACUUUAUGCACACACACACUUAGACAUACACACACACACACACACACACACACACACACACACACUUAGACAUACACACAGGCAUACAAGCCAUUUUUCUGUAAGACACCACAGGAUCCUGGCAGAGGAUGGGGUUAUAAAAUUGAAGAUUUUCUUUUUGGCCCUUUACUAUAUCUGCCCCUGCUCGCCUUUUAAUACUACAGAUGUACACUGGGUUCCUUUUUAAUUUAUUUGUGUCACUGUUUUGGAGCAUUCCUGUCUUUUAACAUGUGGUUUUCAGAGUCCUCCUAGGUUUGUCCCUAUAGGGGUCUUGUCCCUGUUGAAAUGUUAAAAUCUUAAGUUAAGAUUUUCUCCUCAUGUACCUUUGUUAUCUAUCCUUCAUUUCUGCAGCUAAUUCCAAAGAAUGUGAUACAAUAGCGAACAUACACACACACACACACAUACAUAAGUUGAAAAACAGGUGCCCUCCCUUGCAUUUUGUCAUGCAUAGCUAGUGGCUAAACCACAUGCCUAGCAGAUACCCAGGAAAUAUUUAAAGUCAGAUCUCUGUGAUACCUCUGUAAAAACUCCCUAACACAACACAAGGUUUAGCAUUGAAGAUGUUACCAGUGGUGUUGCUAAUUUUAUGUCUUGUCAUAUAAGCUGCACAUACAGAUUUUAAGAUUAUAUAUAUAUAUAUAUAUAUAUAUAUAUAUGAAAAAAUAUAUAUGAAAAUGAAGUACUUGAUGAUGUCUGUUUGCAUGGUUUGACUAUACCGUGUUUGAAUCAUGGCCAAUGCUUUGAUGAGCUACUCUGCCUCCUGUAUGUAUGCAUCUCGUCGAUGGAGGAGGAAUGUACAGUAAAAGUGACUUCUUAGCACUUGAAUGAUAAUUUUGGAGACAAACUAUACCGAUGGAUAUGUAGGUGGUAAAUAUCACUAUCUUGUAUCGUCCCCUCUUUCCUCUCUGUCCUCUUGUCGCUCCCAAGUUAACCUCGUGCUGCAAAAUGUACAUACAAAGAGUGAAAGUGUUCACCUUUUAUAGAUAUUUGUACAUGCAGACCAAGGAAUUAAAACUUUUUACCACACGUGA